CGCUUUUCAAAGGAGGUGACAGAAUCAAAACAUCAACGUUUCUGCAGUAAUAAUUGAUGACUGUCUCGAAAAUGACUGCAUGAACCUUACUGUACAUCAGGUUUAUACAAUCGGUAUCAAGGGAAGGCAAAGACAGAAACCUAAUACAGACAAACGUUUGUAAGACUAACAGCAAUGGGGGAAACAUCGUGUCCCUUAGCGACCAUAGGGGUGGUGGUCGGUAUCGGAGUGCUACUUCUGGUUAUACUCCUACCCAUGAGCUUCAGCGGUCUCGAAUACUAUGAGUAUGGAUUCAAGAGACAAAAGAGCACAGGAACAGUCAACCUGGAUGAAGUGUAUGGUCCAGGCAAACAUUUCAUUGGGCCCGACUUUGAGUUUAAGGUGUUCAAGGCAGACGCACACUUUGAAACAUUAAGCCAAGUUCGAGCUUUUACUGCUGACGGACUCGAGGUAAUGGUGACAGUGAGUUUCCAGUACUUCCUGCGAAAAGACGAUUUACCUGCUCUACAUCGAGCCUACGAUAUUUACUACAAAGACGUGAUGCGGUCUAGUGCCAUAGAUGCUGUCAAGGGGGCAGUGCCAGUGUUCACAACAAGGGAAAUGUUUUCUGAUCGUCCGAUUGUCGAGGAGACCAUGUUUAAGGCUGUGAGAGAGAGGCUAGGUGGCAUAUGUUGUCAGAAGAAUUGUAACGACUGGAAAUAUGCAUGCCCUGCAAGCUGCAAAUCGCGGAGGAUAUGUUUGGAUAGUGAUCAAGGACUGUAUGCCAAUGUGAAGUACUUCCAGAUGGGGCAGGUUUACAUCCCCAAUGAUGUGAAGGAGAGGCUAUUGCGCUCUCUCACCCUGAAGGAAGAUGCGGCGAGGGAAAAACUUCUACAGGACGCACAAGUAGAACGCAAAAUUACAACAUCUAAGAUUCAGACAAGAAGAAACGAGGCUGCAGAAAUCAGACAGGAAGCUGAGGCAACCUCCUCAAUGAUUCGUUUGACAUCUCGUGCCAACUACACAGCAAUUGUAGAGAGCUCAAGAAGUCGGGGUUUGACAACUCUGUAUUCGCGUCUGGGAAUCACCGACCAGAGGAUCAAGAACAGUUUUGACUACCUGCGUACCCUCCGUGGCCUUGAUAACAUUCACCUCUCCGUUGAUUUUGAUCAGAACAUCAUGGGAUCGUUUGGUAAAGUCUAGGCCAUUUGUGUGACCACCUCUACUAAUAGUCAAAUGUACCAGGGCCAAGACACCACUAUAUUUCCAUAUUCCACAGUCAUGGUGAUCAAAAGCCCUUUCACCCACCUCGGCUCAUUAUACAAAGUUUUGGGGUAUAUAGGAAUCAGCCUGUCCGCCGUCUUUCUUGUCUAUGAUCCUUGCAACCACAACUCCUCCCAAAACCGUUGGUUUGAAAAACAAAAUUGUUACUUGAUACAGUGAAAGUACACUAUAUAUAGGUGUGCUUAAAGAAAGGAAUAUGCAAUUCAGCAAUGUUUCCUGGCGUUAUGGCCCUUGAAUCUUAAUAUUUCUGUUCCAGAAUAAAGUGUGAGAGCAGUCAGGGCAUAUAUCUUUGUCAGCUUGCUCACACGUUUGUCUAGUUAUCAUAAGGUCAUCUUGUGGUUUAGAUCAACUUUCAGUGGUACAUGAAGUUUUAAUUUAGGUUUAAACUUAGUGGGAAGAUCAUAAUACCACAAUUUAUUGGGAGGAAUAAACGCAAACAAAACAAAUACUCCAAAUCGGUCCAAAAUGAAAUAUAUUUUUCCAUAUUUUUUUUGUAUUUCUUACUGAGUUAAGUUUAAAAAAAAUGUGUAUAUUUAUACUUUUUCAUAUUGAUGAUAAUUACUGAUAUGUACAGGAAAAUAUUUUCAAAAAGUAUCAGAUAUUAAGUUUUGUCUAUGAAAAUGAAAAAAAUAUAUGGUAUAAUAUUGUUUUUUUUAGUUUUUGGCUGAGUAACAUUGAAUUGAACAGUUAGUUUCACACAAUUAUUUCAUCAUUAUACAAGCCCAUGCAAAAGAAAUUUGUUGACUAAAAAUAAGAUGUUCGAUCUGUCAGAAUCGUACCUGCAUGGUUGAAUAUAAACAGAAAUGCCUUGCUCAGUAAGAAAUCACUGUUUUUACUAUUUAGAUGACUGAAAUCACACAUGCCUCGCUGAAGAGGAAUUAAAAAAAAAUAUGUAUAUGAUUUAGUUAAAUUUAUAUCAAAUUUGCAACUGAUUCAGGCUGGAAAAUGAUCCUGUUAUGUGGUGUCGCAAAUUUCCUGUACAGCGAGUAUUAGUCCCAUUAAUUAACUAUUUUACUUUUAUUGACGACUUGUCCCUACAUUGCUUUAAUAAAUUGAUGACUGUGUGUGUGGUAGAUAACAUUAAGGGGCCGGGCACAUCAAUAACAAUUGUAGAUUUGCAGAAUAUUUUCAAGGCAUUUUUAUCCAAAACAAAUGUACAGGGUUUUAAUUAAAAAACCACCAAAAAAACACAUUUAGGAAUAGUCGGUUGUCUUAGAUAGCUUGAUCAAGUGUUAUUUUUUCAGGAUUUAUAAUUUUCCUUUUACAACGAAAUAUUACAAUCCUCAGAGCAUAAUAUUAAUUUACCUGGCCCUGCGAGUUUAAACAAUUCUUAUGAAUGCUAGAUUUGGGUAUUGUACUGUUUGUCAUUUAUUUGAAUGUUAGAUUCAUGUUUCAAGGUUUGUACCAGUUUCUGUUCUAUAUUUAUUUGUUAAACUUGGAGAAUUUGAAAGGAACUUUUAAGCUCCUUUUGAUUGUAAAGGAGAAUGUGUUUUUAGACAAUGUGCCUUUUUAUUUUUGAUUCAAGUUGUUGAAAAUCAUAUAUUCUGACAAUCUUAAUGUAUUUCUGUUUGUCGUCAUUUUUCGUGCGGGAGGUUGAUAGAUGGUUUUAUUACCUUAGUUUCUAUAAAAUCAGUGACUAGAUACAUGUUGUGGGUCUUUGACUAACAUUCCCACCAGAAAAUGCAAAGAUUCUAAUUGACCCAGUACAUAGACUUACAGGAAACUGUUUCAUUGACAAUUAUGAAAAAGACUAUCAACAAACCAUAAUGGCAAUGUUUUUUUGUAAUAUUUUAUCUUUAAACUUAGAAAAAGUUCACAAUGUGUUUGGACCAAUAUCAAGGUAGUUUAUCAGAUUGGUCAAAAAUAUUUUUGCUAUUUUACUCCUCAGGGAUAUUUCUCUUUGUACUUUAACAGUCAGAUGUUAUUAAAGGUGACUAUGGGUUUUUUUCCCCGGACAAAAUCUUAAUAGAAUGGCUUAAAAUUAUUCUCUUUUAUUUUUCAAUUUGAAAGUCAAUGUGAUUCAGUAUGAUUAGACAAUGUGUAAAUGUUAGUUUAUAAUUUCCUGGAUAGAUUCAGUAUGAUUAGACAAUGUGUAAAUGUUAGUUUAUAACUUCCUAGAUAGUUUUAAUAUGAUUAGACAGCGUGUAAAUGUUAGUUUAUAAUUUCCUGAAUAGAUUCAGCAUGAUAAGACAAUGUGUAAUUGUAGUCUGCAUGUUCAGGAUUUACAUAAAUCAUGUACAUCAUGUCUGUUUUGUGGCAAAUUUGGGAGGCUGUGCCCCCAUCAUCAGACCUCAAAAAGACGAAGGGAGGGGAUGCAAAUUAAUUAAUUUACCAAGUUUUUAUGAUUUCCCUUCUAGAAAUGCUAGCUUGCACCAUAGGGGUACAUUUUAGUUUUUGUUAACUUGUGUGUUAUUGAAUAUCUGUUGUGAAUUUUUUAGAAACUUUUUUUCCUCAUCUUUUUAUACCUUUACCUUUUAUAUAUUAUACAUUAUUGCAUAUAUCCAUGAACACUUAACUGUUGCCAAGUAAAUUGUAAUACUUGGCCUGGUCACAAACCUGGGGCAGGUCAUCCUCAAUACUCCAGGGGUUAUGCUCACUUACUCUCUCUGUAUAGCUUGAAUAUGUCAUGACAAAAACAAAGGCUCAGUUUGUACCACCGAGCGGAUGUGAUGAGAAUCCUUGUUUGAUCCUUUGAUGUACAUCAAAAGAAUCUGUGGGUUGUGUAACGGUAAAAUUG